AUGGGUCUCGUUGGUGUUGCUGUAUUCGUUGGUAUAGCGACAUGGAUAUGUCACUUCCUAUACACAAAAGGAAAGCUCAUUUAUGACCGCAUGUCAGCCAUGCAAGGCCCCGCUGCUUUGCCAGGUCUCGGAAAUAUUCAUCAACUUCAUUUGAGACCAGAGGAAUUCUUCGAACAAGCUCAAGGUAUAUCUUAUAUGUUGAGAAACGGUGAUGAGAGAGCAUGCCGAAUUUGGCUUGGAGGUCUUCCAUUUGUACUUUUGUAUGGAGCUGAUGAGGCUGAAGCUGUGCUAGGAAGCCAAAAAAUGUUAAACAAGACCUUACAGUACGGAUUCCUAUCUGUCUGGAUUGGACAAGGACUUCUUAUUAGUGAACCGAAAAAAUGGAGAGGAAGGCGCAAACUGCUUACUCCAACUUUCCAUUAUGAUAUUCUCAAGGAUUUCGUAGAAGUAUAUAACAGACAUGGAAAUACGUUGGUAGAAAAGUUCCAGGAGUUAUCCAAAAAAGAUAUUUUCACUGAUAUAUUCCAUACUAUCUCCUAUUGUACCUUAGAUGUCAUUUGUGAAGCUGCUCUUGGUGUUUGCAUAGAUGCCCAGAGAAAACCAAACUCACCUUAUUUGGAAGCAGUGUUUCAAAUGAAAUAUAUCCUUCAACAAAGAAUGGUCAAACCACAAUACUAUCCAGACUUUUUGUUUUACACUUUCGGAGCUGGAAAGGACCAAGACAAGAAUGUUAAAAUAUUGCAUGAUUUCACUGGAAACGUUAUUCGUGCAAGAAAAGAGAAAGCCGAUGCCGCAGGAGGAGUUCAGAAGCUACUGGAGCAAGAAACAGCUGAGGGAAGGAGACGAAUGGCAUUCCUCGACUUAAUGUUAGAUAUGAAUGUGAAAGGCGAUCUAGAUGUUGAAGGCAUACAAGAAGAAGUAGACACCUUCACUUUCGAAGGACAUGAUACCACAUCAGCAGCCAUGAAUUGGUUUUUGCAUUUGAUGGGAACUAACCCCGAGGUCCAAGCUAACGUACAUAAAGAGAUAGACGAGGUCAUUGGAGAAUUCGACAGAGACAUCACUUAUGAAGACCUGGGAAAACUUAAAUACUUAGAAGCAUGUAUUAAAGAGACGCUCCGUCUUUAUCCUUCCGUACCCAUCAUAGCUAGACAAUGCGUGGAAGAUCUUCAUUUGAAGAACAAUUUAAUAAUACCUGCGGGAACAAGUGUGGUUAUCAUCCCUUCCAUGAUUCAAAAAGACCCAAGAUACUGGGACGAUCCAGAGAUCUUCAGACCUGAACGUUUCAUUGACGGCGAGUUGAAGCAUCCUUAUGCUUACAUUCCUUUCUCCGCCGGAAGCCGUAAUUGUAUAGGGCAAAGAUUCGCUAUUAUGGAGGAAAAAUGUAUAUUAGCUCUAAUUAUGAAAAACUUGCGCGUUGAAUCACUGAAAAGAACGCAUCAUAUGAGAGUAGCAGCAGAACUGAUCAUUAGACCUUUGGAUGGUAACCACAUCAAAUUCCAUCCAAGAAGCUACGGCGAAUACGCCUCGUAA